GCUACCUUGCAUUGCCUGCCUGCCUGCCUAGAGCUACAUUUGAUUUGCUUCCAUUCCAUUCCAUCCACUCAACUCAAGGAACAUCUACUAUUUGACUUGCUAGCUUCAUUGGGUAGGAAGGAUAGCAUCGUGGAUGGAGGAGCUGUGGAAGGGCAUGUCGCUGUGCUCCACCCCGGUCGCGCUACAGCCGUACCACCACCUCCACUCCCCAGCCGCCGCUCCCUACCGCGGCGCCGGCUACCACCAGGACUACCUCGCUGGCGCGGUUCCACAGCCACCCCGCACGCCGCCCCACCACACGGCGCUCACCCUCGAGUUCACCUGCCUAGGAGGAACCGGCGCUGCCAACUCGGCCACCAGCUCCGGCGACGACCCAGCCGGCUGCCACUUUGUCUUCUCCGCGUCUGGAGGCGGCAGCAGGAGAGCCACCGCCGUGCAGCCGGCGGUGGCCGGCGACCGGCGGCAGCGUCGGAUGAUCAAGAACCGGGAGUCGGCGGCGCGGUCGCGGGCGCGGAAGCAGGCCUACAACAACGAGAUGGAGGCGGAGCUGGCGCAGCUCCGCCGGGAGAACAGGAUGCUCAUCCAGCGCGAGCAGGACCUCAUCAACGAUCGUUUGGCGAGGGCGGCGCAGAUAGCCGUCCCCGACUGCAGCAGCAGCAGCAGUAGCAGGAGGAGUACCCUCCAGCAGAAGCAGCAGCAGCAGCAGCAGAGGUGCCGCUCCGCCCCUCCACCAUGAAUCCAUGAUCGCCGGCUGUCGACUGUAGCAGCAGCUUCAUUCUACUUACAAUGGAUUGAUUGUCCAAGCUAGCUAACUUGCUAGCUAGAUGGCUUAUUUAGCACUGGACGACACGUUAAAGAACUAUGUAUAUAUAUGUAUGUAUGUAUCGAAUCUUGCAAAGUAAGCAAGUAUGUAGCUCGACGAUGGAUGGAUGUGAAGCUAGUUAAUUAGAGUAGUACUAGUAUAUAAAUGUAUAAUAGGUGUGCGGCAGUGGCACCUUAGAGCUCCAAUGCAUUUUUCACAUAAUAGAUGAGUCUCUCUUCUUAA